AUGACAUUUUUAAAAUUUAUAUAUUUGAUAGUUGUGCCCUUAGGCAUAUUUUUACUUUUGUCUUGCUUAUUAAAAGUACGAUUUCUUGUGACGUUUAGUUAUUCGUUUUGUAGAAAGAAGAUUGGUGAUACACCUUUAAGAAUUGUAUCUAUAAUAUUAUUUUUAAAUUUUUUAAUAUUUAUAACUGAAUCUUAUAAAUUAAAAUAUAAUGUAAGAAAUAUGUAUAGUGCGAAUGAGCUAAUCACGGGUAUAACUUCUGAUCAUUUAAAAUUAUAUAAAUGGAGACAUGAAAGGAAUUGGUGGAUAGGAUUAUCAAAUUUAUGUAUAUGGAUCAUGAUCUGGCGAUCUACUGGAAUAAUUAAUUACUAUGUUAAAUAUUUAGAACAAAGGAAAAGACAAAUAAAGCUCCUAUGA